ACGGGAACUCCAGACUCUCAGGCGCGAUUUGGUCAGUCCGUGAAGGGGCUUCUCACGGAGAAGGUAAACACCUGUGGAACAGACGUGAUCGCGCUCACCAAGCAGGUGCUGAAGGGGUCCCGGAGCUCGGAGAAGUCCGGAAGUCCACCAGCUCCCCCUCGGUUUCAGCAACCUUUUGGCCUUACCAGCAAUGGCCUCCUCCUGUGAUGCCGAGAUUCAUAAGGACGUGCAGCUCUAUUACGGGCAGGAGCUGAAGAAAUCCACGGACCUCAGGACCAAUGCCUGUACCACCACAGCCAGGCCAGUCUCCAGGCACGUCCAGGAAGCCCUGAAGAAUGUACACGAAGAAGUGGCCUUGAGAUAUUACGGCUGUGGUCUGGUCAUCCCUGAGUGUCUAGAAAGCUGCUGGAUUUUGGAUCUGGGAAGCGGAAGUGGCCGAGAUUGCUAUGCGCUUAGUCAGCUGGUUGGUGAGAAGGGCCAUGUCACUGGGAUAGACAUGACCGAAGGCCAGGUGGAAGUGGCUAAAAAGUAUCUUGACUUUCACAUGGAGAAAUAUGGCUUCCAGGCAGCCAAUGUGACUUUUAUCCAUGGUUACAUUGAGAAGUUGGGAGAAGCUGGAAUCAAGAAUGAGACUUACGACAUUGUUAUAUCGAAUUGUGUCAUUAACCUUGUGCCGGAUAAACAAGAAGUGCUGCGGGAGGCGUAUCGCGUGCUGAAGCAUGGUGGGGAGCUCUAUUUCAGUGACGUCUAUGCUAGCCUUGAAUUGCCGGAAGAAAUCAGGACACAUAAACUUUUAUGGGGUGAAUGCCUGGGCGGUGCUUUGUACUGGAAAGAUCUUGCCAUUCUUGCCCAAAAAGUUGGGUUCUGCCCUCCACGUUUAGUCACUGCCAAUCUAAUUACAAUUCAAAACAAGGAACUAGAAAAAAUUAUUGGUGACUGUUGUUUUGUUUCUGCAACAUUUCGCCUCUUCAAACUCUCUAAGGCAGCACCAACUAAAAGAUGCCAAGUUAUUUACAAUGGAAGAAUCACAGGACAUGAACAGGAGCUGAUAUUUGAUGCAAAUUUCACAUUUAAGGAAGGUGAGGUUGUUGAAGUGGAUGAAGAAACAGCAGCUAUCUUGAAGCAUUCACGAUUUGCUCAGGCUUUUGUGAUCAGACCGAGAGAAGAGAAAUGCCCAACAUCUGGAGGCUGUUCCUCUGUCGAGUCAAAGGAUAUGAUUACGGAUCCAUUUAAGCUUGCCGAAGGGUCUGGCGAUUUGAACUCUAGACGCCCCCCUGGUGUAGCCGGAGGCUGCUGUGGUACAAAGAAAAGCUGCUAAAUCGGAUGGCCGGAGCCGCAGUAGGGUGGGGGAGGCUGAAGAAUGCGUCACCUGUUUUAAAACUUGCUCUUCCCUCUAGCAUAGACCAGAAGAAAGAAGAAGGGGCAAACAGGCACCAUAUUCCAGAUCACUGAUAAAAAGAAGAGAAUUAUUUUUAGAAGGUAUUAAAUUGGUUGAUAGCAAAUCCAGAAAAA